GAAAACAGAAGUGACGUGACGGAGGCGGUGCAGUGCGCGGUUUCAAGAUGGCGGUGUCUUAGGCCUCGAACGAGAGGCGAAGGUGAAGGCCUCCUGCCCCUGGCCCGAGGAGAGCGAGGGGGGCGCGCGAGCCGCCGCGGGGCUCAGCCCUGCGGCCCUCCCUGGCUCCGACGAGCAGCCGAAAGGUGAAUUCGAGGAUAUCUCGAGGCUGUUCUUCUCCGCUUCCUCAUCCCUGGCCCCCCACUUCCGGACGCCUGCGCGGUCCUUUUGAAGCAUCCGGGGAGAGAUCCGCCCCCUGGCCUCGGGAGGCGGUGGAGUUCAGCUGAUCCCGGCUUCGCCGUGGGGAGGAGGCCCGCACGGGGUCGGGUUGCUGACCGCUUGGGCUGGUGGAUGUUACACAGUCUGAUGAAAGAGUUUCAGAGUCACUGAGACUUCUGCUGAUACUAGUUUUGGUGUAUUGCUUUGAAUGAAAAAGUUCUCCCCCAACUGACUAAAACAUAUAACCUGUGAAAAUGGGGCGGAGAUCUACAUCAUCCACCAAGAGUGGGAAGUUCAUGAACCCCACCGACCAGGCUCGAAAAGAAGCCCGGAAGAGGGAAUUAAAAAAGAAUAAGAAACAGCGAAUGAUGGUACGAGCUGCAGUACUAAAGAUGAAGGAUCCCAAACAGAUUAUCCGGGACAUGGAGAAAUUGGAUGAGAUGGAGUUCAAUCCAGUACAGCAGCCACAGCUGAAUGAAAAGGUGCUAAAAGAUAAGCGAAAAAAACUUCGUGAAACUUUUGAGCGCAUUCUCCGACUCUAUGAAAAGGAAAAUCCAGAUAUCUACAAAGAACUCCGAAAAUUAGAAGUGGAAUAUGAGCAGAAGAGGGCCCAGCUCAGCCAGUACUUUGAUGCUGUAAAGAAUGCUCAGCAUGUUGAAGUGGAAAGCAUCCCAUUGCCAGAUAUGCCUCAUGCUCCUUCUAACAUCUUGAUCCAAGACAUCCCAUUGCCUGGUGCACAGCCACCCUCUAUUCUCAAAAAAACCUCUGCCUAUGGACCUCCCACCAGGGCAAUUUCUAUACUUCCUCUUCUUGGACAUGGUGUUCCUCGUUUGCCUCCUGGAAGAAAGCCUCCCGGCCCACCCCCUGGGCCACCUCCUCCCCAAGUUCUGCAGAUGUAUGGCCGUAAAGUGGGCUUUGCCCUAGAACUUGCCCCUCGUCGGCGAGAAGAGGAUAUUUUAUAUAGUCCAGAACUUGCUCAUCGAGGUCAUGAUGAUGAUGCUUCCAGCACCAGCGAAGAUGAAGGUUAUCCCGAAGAUAUGGAUCAAGAUAAGCAUGAUGACAGCAGUGAUGACAGUGACACUGACAGGUCAGACGCUGACAGUGAAGGGGAGGAGUUCAUGCAUCGUGAUGAUGAAGAGAGAGAGAACAAUGAGGACAAAAAAUCAGGUCUCAGUGUACGAUUUGCUGAUGUUCCUGGAAAAGCACGAAAGAAGAAGAAAAACAUGAAGGAAUUAACGCCUCUUCAAGCUAUGAUGCUUAGAAUGGCAGGUCAGGAAAUUCCUGAAGAGGGGCGAGAAGUGGAGGAAUUUUCAGAGGAUGAUGAGGAGGAGGAUUCUGAUGAUUCUGAGUCAGAAGAUACAGCACAGCAGCAGCACAAAGAAGAAUCUCUUCCUGAUGGGGCAUCAUCAUCUCCUGCUUCCCAGCAACAGCAACCACCUCCACAGUCUGUUCCUCCUGCUCAAAUACAGGCACCUCCCAUGCCAGGACCACCCCCUCUUGGGCCACCACCUGCUCCACCAUUACGACCACCUGGGCCACCCACUGGCCUUCCCCCUGGUCCACCUCCAGGAGCUCCUCCAUUCUUAAGACCACCUGGAAUGCCAGGACUUCGAGGGCCUUUACCCCGACUUUUACCUCCUGGUCCUCCACCGGGCAGGCCUCCUGGUCCACCACCAGGCCCACCUCCUGGUCUUCCUCCUGGUCCUCCUCCACGAGGACCACCACCGAGGCUACCUCCCCCAGCACCUCCAGGCAUCCCUCCACCUCGUCCUGGUAUGAUGCGCCCACCUUUGGUGCCUCCACUUGGACCUGCUCCACCGGGGCUUUUUCCACCAGCUCCCUUGCCGAAUCCAGGGGUUUUAAGUGCCCCACCUAAUUUGAUCCAGAGACCCAAGGUGGAUGACACCAGUGCAGCCACUAUUGAGAAGAAAGCCACAGCAACCAUCAGUGCCAAGCCACAAAUCACUAAUCCUAAGGCAGAAAUUACCAGAUUUGUGCCCACUGCACUGAGGGUUCGACGAGAAAACAAAGGAGCUACUGCUGCUCCCCAAAGAAAGUCAGAAGAGGAUUCUGCUUUACCCCUUGCCAAAGCAGUCCCUAAAUCUGGCCCCUCUGCUCCUGUUUCAGUACAAACCAAGGAUGAUGUGUAUGAAGCUUUCAUGAAAGAGAUGGAGGGGCUACUGUGA